ACAUCGUUAUAUUGCUGCUAUAAUAUAUAUAAUUUUAUACAUCUUGAAACUUUUUCACUUUAACCGAAAAACAGCCUCUAAUUUAACAGCUUUAAUUUAAUAUUCUCUUUUGUCUUUAAAAGCUGAUUUGGAGAGAUACAGGAAGCCGUGGAUGAUUAUCGUGCACAAAUUUUGUAAAAGCGUUCUUCAAAGUGAGGUAGAAACAUUUCGUCAGUAAUCUAUUCCAAUGUACAAAGCGACAUAGAAACCUUUGGCGAAAUAUCGAAUACCAUCAGUAUGCCUUUCAGAUAGCGGGACACUAGCACGUACGCCAAAUAACCAGGGCAAUUCCAGAAAUGAAAUUCCACCUACGUAGCACUAAAUCGUAAUUAAUAUCGUGUUUCCGCCAAACUAGCUCGUUAAUCAGAUUUUAUUCCGUGCAAGGACGCAUUAUUAUGACGAUCGCAUAACCGGGAACGUGGCUCAUUACGCAAACGGUGGUCGCCCGGUACACAUGUGUACGUGUUCGUGAAAACCGCGUGUGUGAAAGCACUGUUGAUAGCGCGAGUGCAGCUGAGGUAGCCACCAAAGGGAUAAUCCCCUUUCGUAAGAGCCCGACGAGAAAGAAUUUAUUAAUGGAACAACGAAAGGGAAUCAAUAUCAAUCGCACAAUUGUUUGGAAUGACGGGCGAGUGAGCAGGGCAACAGGAAAGCGAACGGUUCAAACUUCAUGUCCCAAUGCGUCGAUAGUCCGGUCCACGGUUUUUCCACUUUCGACCAGGUACGAUCGGGAAUUCUUCGGAGACUCCAAUUCACUGUUGCAAGUGGCCGUCUACGUUGCACCGGCGCUGUUCCUGCAAUUGAAAAAGUUUGUUCAGCGAAUUAACAAUGGCCGACGUACGACGAGAAUAAUGCAGUAUUGUGAAAGUCAUCUUUUCAACGUGAUGCGAAUUUAUUCAGACGAUCAGAACUGCACGUUAAGCGAAAUGUUAAGUAUUGACUGUUCGCUAUUUUAAUUCCGAAACUCUUCGAGAAACACCUGCGAUCUGAAACAUCCGGCAGAAAAAAGUCAAUAUCCUCUGUAUCUAAUGACGUUUUUAUGCUCUCUUGAUGGCCAGUGAGACUGAGACUUUAGUGUAUCGACGUGCUCGGACUUACUUCCGUAGCUGCUAUGCGGUAUCUUCGGGAAAUGGAGAUAUGCAGAUUAGAUGAAUAACAAUUUUGCGUGUUCGUGACCUCCGCCGGCGAAUGGAGGAUGCGAUGCGUAAUCAAGAGAUACUCGACAUAAAUAACACGAAUAACUGUCACGAUUCUUGCAGAUGUAAAAUUACUAUAUUAUCAUAAUUUUCCAUAGAAAAAAUACAAUUCUCGUACUAU